AUCCAUCCAUCCAUCCAUCCAUCCAUCCAUUUUAUUCAUUUAAAAAAAAUAAUCUUAUUGAAUAGAUCCAUUAUGGUCAAGAAUACUCCUCAAAAGCGUUCUACUCUUGCUGAUGUUGUGACCCGUGAAUACACCAUUCACCUUCACAAGUUGGUCCAUGGACGAUCCUUCAAGUCCCUUACUCCUCAAGCUAUCAAGGCUGUCAAGCAAUUCGCUGUCAAACAAAUGGGAACUGAAGAUGUACGUAUUGAUCCUUCUUUGAAUAAGCAAUUGUGGGCUCGUGGUGUUCGCAAUGUUCCUCACCGUAUCCGUGUGCGUAUUGCUCGUAAGCGUAAUGAUGAUGAAGAUGCUAAGAACAAACUCUACUCUUAUGUCACUUAUGUCCCUGUCACCAGCUUUAAAGGUUUGGAAACCUCCGUUGUCGAUGAUGAAUAAAGUGUAGUUAUUCAAAACUAUCAUUCCUCUUUAGCAUAUAGUUUAUUUUGUAUUAUACCUUUAUAUUAAAAAUAAAAUGGUGUCCAUACCAAAUCAACUUUAUUGUUUCUGGGAUUUUUU